AUGAGGAUCUCGACCAGCACCAUCGUCGCCACUCUGGCGAUUCCAAUCAUCACAGCAUCGUCAAAGUCGGUGCCAUUCGCCCCCUCUUCUGACCCAGGCGUCUAUCCCGGCGGUGAUCAAAACCCACCAAGCGGCUGGAGCACCCUACCCGACAUCGACGGCGCACGCAUCGACAACUCGACGCUCCGUGUCGGUUCCGGCUCGGCCACGCUCUUGCACUACAUCGAUGCGAACUAUAAUGCAAGCAAUAUCAAGCGUGCCGUCAUCCAGAUCCACGGCGAGAACCGUGACGCCUGGAACCAGUGGAUCUACUCUGAUCUGGCGGCGAAGAGGGCAGCGACAGGCGGGAGUUUCGAUCGCGACGAGGUGGUGGUGAUGGCGCCUAUGUUUCUCACGACCCUUGACGAGGGUGCGUACCCCUUCGAUCCAAAUCAGGAUUCGGGCAACAAAGUCACUACAACGAUCGAUACCGGAGCGACAUCUUCGGCAAGACAAGGUUACGUACAGCCAACCGGGUUCGCUGCUUCUCCAUCACCAGCUCUCGAGGGGCGCUCGUUCAAACGUCGAGGGAAAUACCCAGUUCCACUUCAGAAGGUCAGCACGACGCAAGUGAUGAUUUGGAAGGCGAUCGCAUGGGGUGAAGGCGCAGAAGCAUACGAACCAGUUGACGCCGAUGGAGCAGGAAGCUUCGACGCGCUCGAUGCAGCUGUCGACUUCUUCCUCGACAAGACGCGCUUUCCUCAACUUCGAAAUGUCGUCGUGGCAGGCUUUAGUCUAGGUGCGCAGCUUACCAACCGUUACGCCACCUUCCGAGAAGACACAUCGGAGGACGACAGAAUCAUCUACUGGAUUUCGUCGCCCAAUUCUUUUGUCUACCUGCAAGCCAAUCGACCACUCCCGAUCGGUUCCUCGUGCAGGGACACGUACGGCGACUACAAGUACGGCUUGAACGGUACGCUCCCGCGCUACGUUACCAGGUCCGAUAAGCAGCUCUCCACCUCCAAUCUCAUCUCUCGUUACCUCGGUCGAACCGUCUACUACCUAGUGGGGCUGCGCGACAAAUCCGCUGGCCUGGACAGCUGUGCACCCAACUCGCAAGGUCUCGGCCAUCUCGACAAGAUGUACUACUGGACAGAGCAGAUCGUCCCCAACCUUCCGGGCAGCACCGGUGUGGAUGGCCAGUUGCCGGACAAUAACCUGAUGCGCUAUGUAGAGGAUACGGGGCAUCAGGAUUGGAAGAUCAUCACCUCGGAUCCUGGUGUAGAGACUUUGUGGUUGAAGCAGUGGAACGCGGAUGGUACGGAUGCCAAUGCUCCGCAGAGCGGAGGUACGGUGGCGGGGCAGACGCCGAGUAGCAAGACAAUCGCAGGGAUCAGCAACGGCGCAAGGGCCGUUGGAGGGAAGGGCACGGCAAUGAUUUCGGCGGCGCUGGUCGCUCUGCUGGUCGGAUUGGUGCUGUGA